AUGGUUUACUUUCCACCUAGGGAUAUCGGAGAGUUCCUCAUCGAGACAUUCCUUCAAUUUGCCCAAACCAAUUACUUCUACUUCGACGAGAGAACGCUGAGACAGAAGCUGGACUAUUACUAUUCCCACGAGCAUGCGCUAACUAUACACGACGCCGGAUGGAUAUGUACCCUUCUCAUGACAUUUGCCAUAGGAACCCAAUUUGCCUACAUGCAGACAAAGCCGACACAGAUGAGCCCUCACCUUUCCCAAGAGAUUCCAGACGAUCGUGCUGGGUUGGAACUUUAUCGAUUCUCUUGUCGGCUGAUUCCUGACCUGAUCACCGUGGCAUCCGUUGAGACCGUGCAGGCCUUCUUGCUACUGGGUAGCUACACGCUGCCGAUCGACACGUCUGGCCUGGCUUACACGUAUUAUGGACUUGCUACUAAGAUGGCGAUUCAGAAUGGGAUGCAUAGGGAUAGCUCCCAUCUCUCGCUUGACCCUGAUACUCUCGAGUGGCGGAAUCGUCUGUGGUGGUCCGCCUACUCACUCGAAAGUCGCAUCAGCAUCCUACAUGGACGACCAGUAUCUGUCUCCCGUCUCGAAGUCGAUGCCAAAUUUCCGACCGACCAAGCCUUACCCCUCCCGACCGGAAGAGCUUCAAACCUAGAGAACGUGAACGCAAACAUUUUCUUAACGGACCAGUUGAGCAAGGUGUCCCAAACCAUUAUGCACCUGCGGGGCUGUCCACGCUUUCAGCAAAAGGGUUACCUUCAAGAGCUGAUGGUGAUCCGGUCUAAUCUCAGCAAGUGGUGGUCAACCCUUCCGGCCGAAGUCCACUGCCGAGAUUUGACCCCAACUGGACCUUUGUUUCGCUGCAAUGUUCAUCUGGAGCUGAGUUAUGAUACCGCAAUAAUAUACAUGGGUCGUCCAUUUAUCUUCGCACCAAAUUCGAACCAUCCCUGGUCAUCAGGCGCUAGCAGUGAGAAUCCAAUUAACACGCUUUCGACCGACUGCCUCGACGCUGCGAUCCGAAUCAUUGAUCUCUGCCAGCUUCUGCACGACUCGGUUGGAAUUGCCCGCGUGUCAUAUACAGAAUUCAGCUCCUGUCGCGCUGCACUGCUUGCGUUGAUCGCACAUAGUCUAAACCAACAGACAGACCGAGUCCUGAACAGCCUGUCUCAAGGUAUGAUUCUUAUUCGACAAAUGUGCGUGGGUGUAGAAUCCGCCCGAUCGGAUGUGGCCGCUAUCGAAGCAUUAGAACUGGCUCGUCAGCGGCUGCAGCGGCACGGGGAUCGCAAGGAACAAUGGAGCCACGAUGCACACUCAGGAUAUAGUCAGUUCCAGCGAUGGGCACAGCUUUGGCAACCUGAUAGUCUCACCUCGCACCCAGUGCCGACUCCAGGGCCUGGCUCUUUGGCCGAUCUUCCCGAAAAUUUGACACCGCCCUCCUUCGAUGGGUUCUUUGCCUCCUUGCCGCAAGAGCUGGACUCUUUUGCGACCAUCACGGGCUCAGAUCAGCUGUUCUUGGAUGACAGUUGGCUUGGGGAGAUAGGCAGUUCUAUCUUGCCUGAGGAAGGCAAUAUUCCUCUCGGUCAAGGGUUGUGA